GAAACUUAUCGAUCACCUUCAUAUACACUCCCCCUCUUUCAAUUUUGAUUUGGCCUAAAGCCGCCUCACUUUUCUCUUCUUUAGACCAUUUCCAUUAUUAACUCUUUCUUCUUCAUCUAAUGGAGAAUUACCCAAUCUUGUUCCCUUUUGCAUCAACUAUGCCACCCUCUUCUUCUUUUUCAUCACCCAUGGAUCUUCAUAAAAAGAACUCCAAUGGGUUUUUAGGGUUGCGCGCGGAGAUCAUGGACGGUCAUCAGACAUCCGAAGUUAAAGAUGUUUCCAAUAGUGGAAGCUUUAGGGUGGGUGAAAAUGAAGCGAAAGAGGGUAAGAAGAAAGGUGUGAAGAAAAUUAGGAACCCCAAAUUUGCUUUUCAAACAAGAACCGAGGUUGAUAUACUUGAUGAUGGGUAUCGGUGGAGGAAAUAUGGUCAGAAAGCUGUGAAGAACAACAGAUUUCCAAGAAGCUACUAUAAGUGCACUUACCAAGGGUGCAAUGUGAAGAAACAAGUGCAACGCCAGUCCAGAGAUGAAGGUGUUGUGGUAACGACUUAUGAAGGGGUUCACACGCAUCCAAUCGACAGGCCAACCGACAAUUUCGAGCAGAUCUUGACUCAGAUGCAUAUUUAUCCUGCUCCCCCCCUUUGAUCGAUCGAACACCCAGCUUCAUUUAUAUAUAUAUAGGAGUAUGUAUCUGAAAUGAUGAAGAGAAGCUUCUGUAAAUUAAAGGACAUGAUUUUGAAGUUACUCUAGCUAGAUCGAUCUAUCCUUAAUUACAACCAUGAAAUAUAGUUCUAGUUGGAAAC